GCGCUCGUUCUCGUCGACCGCACACCGACUCGCCGUCAACCCCAACAGCCAGCAGCCUGCGUCCGACUCGCUCAAGUCGAUGGGCCAGAAUGCAAAGGAGGAGGUCCAGGGCAUCGCCCGCACCGUCGCAGAAGCAGUCGCAGGCGAGGCAAACGACGUCACGAGCCACACCGCUCCCCGCAAGGACUUGGGCGCGAGCGAGGUCGGCCAGGAAUGGAACACGAUCAAGGGCACCCUAAGCAAGGUCCCGCGCGACACGCUCGCCUGGGGCGCAGCCGGCCUCUUGCCUUACGCCGGCACCUCGCUCAGCAUCGUCUACUUUGCUCGCCAGGCCUGGCUCGCAGAAGAACUCGGCGUCGACGCAGGCUACGACGCCGCAGCGGCCAACGCCCUCCUCGAACACGCCGAGCUCCUCCAGAUCCAGUACGGCGCCAUCAUCCUGUCGUUCAUGGGCGCCGUCCACUGGGGCUUCGAGUGGGCCAAGUACGGCGGCACCAAGGGCAACCGCCGCUACCUCCUCGGCGUCGUGCCCGUCCUCGCGGGCUGGGGCUCGCUCCUCAUCCCGGGCCAGAUGGCCCUCGUCACCCAGUGGGGCGCCUUCUUCGCCCAGUGGUACAUGGACCAAAAGGCGACCACCAAGGGCUGGGUCCCCAAGUGGUACGCGACUUACCGCUUCUGGUUGACGUCGAUCGUCGGCGGCUCGAUCCUCCUGUCGCUUGCCGCGACGGGCUACUACGGCUCGUCGACCGAGUUUGCCAAGCGUGAGAGCCAGCUCAAGAAGCUCCGCCAGGGCAAGCCCCCUGCGAGCACCAACCCGGUCGGCUACUCGGCCCAGCUCGGCGACAUGAAGGCCGAAAAGGCGUCGGACGCCUACGUCAAGUUCACCAACGUCGAGAAGGAGCGCCAGAAGAAGGAGGAGGCCGAGAAGCAGGCCAAGGAGGACGAGAAGAAGGCCAAGGAGGAGGAGGAGCAGAAGAAGAAGGACGAGGAGGAGGCCAAGAAGCAGGCCGAGCACGACUCGCAGGUCGCCGCCGCCGUCUCGUCGGGCAAGGACAAGCUCAAGGAGCAGCUCGCCAAGAUCACCGAGUAGAGCGCUCGACGUCCCCUUUAUUUCCUCUCUCACCCCCUCUCUCUCCAACCCGAGUCACCCCCGAAUACCGACCGCAUCGACGACACGAGAGGGCGCACGCCCCUCUCAGGUCGCGUUCCCCCCUCUGUAGAUUCACCCGCGAGCGUCUCUCUCGAGCAAUGUCCAUAGCCUCUCUCCGUCCU